CGAUGGUUGUGGGAGGCACGUUCAUAGUGCACAAGUCUACUUCAACAGCGUCGACCACAACAUCCAUCAGGCAGUCUAGUAACUCACCCGACCGCGUUUUAGGAGUUUUUUUGUUUUGUUUUGCUUUCUGACGGACCUGGCGCCUUGGACAUUUCUGUUGGGCACUUCUUCGGGCCUAUUCUCAACAUGCCACUCGUCGUUCCUGCUCUCCGUUUGUUUAUGACUUUUAUGAACGUGUAUGACACGUACAAGACUCUCAAAGUACCACCUGGACGCAAGGGCGGGCUCCCUAGCACCAGAGCGAUGACUCAGAGAAAGAGAGACCUCAAAGGGUGUCUUGCAGUUUGGGUUGUUUGGUGCUGCCUUGCAGCAUAUGAGAGAACAUUUGACCGUUUUGUCAGCUUCAUCGUACCGUUCUACAGCGAAAUCAAGUCGGUUACGUUACUGUUUCUCCUGCUCACCCGUGCCAAGGGUGCUGAACCUCUGUACUUGCAUAUUCUGCGUCCACUUAUCAAGCCAUAUGUGGAUACCCUUGACCCAAUGCUCGACCUAGCAAGGGAUAUCGGAGAUUUUCUGUUUGCUCUCUCACAAGUUCCGCUCAACUAUGUUCUCUCCCUGUCCUCGGGUCUGUCUUGGCACACAGAAGAAAAUGAAUCGGCCACCGACAUUUCUGGAAUCUCAGCUUCAGGGUUGAACGCGACACGCUCCAGCAGUUACUCUAAUAUACCCAUGGCAGCUAAAGCAUAUACCACCGUGGAUGCAAAUCCCCGGGCUGCAGACAGGCGCCCAGUCACUAUCCGCAGCGUCUCUGACAAUAGGGCGCGACCCAAGUCUCGUCAACCUUCUGUUGAAUACUACGAGGGCACGUCACUGGAGCGCCGUGUGCGGUAUUCUAAGUCGUCCUCAAUGACAACCCUUCCACACUACCCCAAUAAUACGGUUGGUCGUGUUCAUGCGCGCCCCGCCACAAGCAGUACCAGAAAGGCUGCAUAUCAGAUCUGGCAUCCCCCACCGUCUGCGCACGAAGAGGAACGCAGACGAAGCCGCCUAUCCGUUGGACGGUCGGGAAUAGCCAAUGCAUCUACUCCCAAUUUGAUGACCCCUCCACCAGCCGUUGUCGUCAGUGAACCUCCUGACGAAGACUGGAGAGGGUAUCCAGCUUUUCCUUCGGCAUACCCACCAACGCCCUUGCCUACAUCUCAUUCUCUUCCUGGAACCACGCCAUCUAGACAGGAUGAUUGCAACGACUCACCUCCUGCCCAGGCUACCGUAAUUUCGCCCAUUCUGGAGGACACAUUGAACCACAACCAGGAUUUUGAUGUGUCGCUCCAGCAGGCGCAUGAGCCCACGAGCCCCAGCUCUAGCAGCUGCUCGAGCGACGAAAGCAGUAGCCUACCACGGGUUCAUCCUGGUGUGGACGGGUUCCAAUCAUCCGGCGGUGUACGCAGCCAGGACGAGGAUGCGUACACGGAUGUCGAUGAUGAUGAUUUUGAUGUUACCUUACGGACUCCUUAUCGCGCUUCCCCGUCGUCAGUGGCAUCCAACGCAUCUUCCUCUGCUGCGAGCCUGCACAGUACUUUGACCACUAACGAUAAUGCGUCAUCCCUGCGUACCAGCAACUCAUCAGAGUCCAUUCGCUCUUUCCAUACAUCUGGUUCGGCAUAUUAUGCAGGACAAAAACGCUCGUACCCGACUAUUACAAGAAGUCAAACAAAUACCACCAUACGUGGCAAGGUUACUGCGGCCGCAUCUUACAAAAACGACCUCGACUCUGGCCCCGGCGAAACUGACGAUGAUGAUGAGGACAUUGAUAGUGAGGAUAGUGGCGUAGGAGCCAAGAGGAGAAAAGUUCUUGAGCCUACCCGGCGAACCACACACCUUCGUCCUAUCGCUAAGCCCACUACAAACGUUCGGAAGCCUCCCUUGACUACCAGGAACCUCCCAGCAUCCGCUCGCGGGAAAGUCGUUGCUCCUGCGCAAAAAAACCGUACUCGUGGUGGUUCACGUGCUGCACCCCAGACGGCAGGAUUAGCCUCCCAGCGAACACACAUUGCGCGGACAGACCCGAAGAGGCACGUCGAAACCGCCGUCGCAAGACGCUGGAACCUAUCCUCGCGCAGGGACCGCACGAAACAAGACUUGAUGUCGGUUGUAUGACUUUUUCAAACUUGAUCCAGUCCCUUUCUGAGCUCUCCUUCUAUCCACGCAUGCCAACGAUUGACAUUCACUGUACACGAGACCACAUUGCUAUCGCAGUUCAUACACAUU